AUGGAAAAUCUCCCACCAGAAAUUAUCAAAAAGAAGCUGGAAAAGCGCUCCCAUAUGGCGAAUUUUUUCGCCAUGAUACCCGAAGGGUGGCAGCCCCCACCCCAGCGCGCUCUCUCUCCGGGUGAAGAAAACAUAGGCAUGCCGGGAUAUUUUCGGAAACACUAUAUCUUCUUUUACGGAACACUGAUGAAUAAGGAUGUACUCGCUAAAGUGCUUGACUUAUCUCCCGAUGAUAAGAAAUUAAAGCUACGACCUGCUCAAAUUGCAGGCUAUCAUACUAGAUUCUGGGGGUCAUAUCCUGCGCUUCUAGAUGGACCACAGCUUGAUUCUCAUGUGGAUGGCAUGGCGUAUGAGGCUCUAAGCCAGCAAGAAGUAGACCGUCUAUCUGCUUACGAAACAGAUAGAUAUAUACUGAGGAACUGUAUGAUUAAAUUCCUUGAUAUCGAGGAUGCAGAGAAUAGGAUGGUUAUUGGUGAAACGUUCUUGUGGAAUGGGAGCCCUCAAGAGUUGACCACUCAGAGGUGA